AUGACAUCGAAAGACACAUCAUCUUUACAUUCUCAACAUCGUAGCAAACGUCGAAUGUUUCGAACAAAAACUUUUCGAUUAUUAUCAAUGCUUUCAUUAACAUUUGCAUUUUUUAUUAUUGAACUUGUUGUUGGUAAUAUAACAAAUUCAGUUGCACUUGUUGCUGAUGCAUUUCAUAUGUUAUCUGAUGUUAUAUCAUUAGUUAUUGCUGUGGUCGCUGUUAGAAUCUCUCGACGUCAAUCAAAUGUAAAUACAUAUGGUUGGGUACGUGCAGAAGUUGUUGGUGCAAAUAUUAAUACAGUUUUUCUUCUUGCCCUUUGUUUAACUAUUAUAUUCGAUGCUAUAAAACGUUUUUUUCAACCUGAAUCCAUUAAAAAUGUUAAUUUACUAUUAAUUGUUGGUUCAAUUGGAUUAGGAAUUAAUAUUAUUGGUCUUUUCUUAUUUCAAGGAUUUCAUGGACAUUCACAUGGAGGAAGUUCACAUGGACAUUCGCAUGGAAAAAGUUCACAUGGACAUUCACAUAAAGAAAAAUCUCACGGACAUUCGCAUGAUGAAAAAUCUCAUGGACAUUCACAUAAUCCUAUUGAAAAACAUUUCUCAGAAAAUAUCGAUAUAGAAAGUCUAGGUGAACAUAAUAAAUUCGAAAGACAUAGUACAAGAGCAUUACAAGAGGCUAUUGCUGAAUGUGCACAACAUAGUAAUGAACAAAUGGAAACAGUCAUUGAAGUUGACGAUGAAAAAGAGAGUAAACCAAAGAAACAGGCAUCAAUGAAUAUGCAUGGAGUAUUUUUACAUGUAUUAGCUGAUGCACUUGGAUCAGUAGUUGUUAUAAUUAGCGCUUUAGUAAUUAAAUUUGUUCCACAUGAUCCCGAAAGUACAAGACAUUGGACAGUUUAUAUUGAUCCAACUUUAUCGAUUAUUAUUGUUAUCAUAAUAACAAUCUCUACUAUUCCACUUUUUAAAGAUACAUGUUAUAUCUUAUUACAAACUAUUCCUAAACAUCUCGAAAUUAAUGAAAUCAAAUCUCAAUUAUUAAAAAAUAUUCCUGAAAUUUAUGGCAUCCAUGAAUUACAUGUAUGGCGUUUAACAGAUGAAAAAAUUAUUGCUAGUGCACAUUUAAAUCGAUUAAAUUUAUCAAAUUAUAUGUUAGUUGCUGAUAAAGUUAAGAAAUUCUUUCAUUCAAUUGGUAUACAUUCAGUUACAAUACAAUAUGAAUGUGAUAAUGAUACUAAAUUAAACUAUCAACAAACAAUGAUAAUAGAACAAACCAAUUCAGAUGACGAUGAAAAGAAAAUUGCUGGCGAUUGUUUACUUCGAUGUGAAAAUGCUGAAUGUGAUACUCAAACAUGUUGUACAAAAGUUUCAGAUCGAACAAAUAUUUUAAUAAAUAAUAAUGGUACUACGCAAAUAUAUUCAAUUAAUCAAUUGAAUUGUUUCGAUAAUCCUAUAUUUCCACAAGUAUCAACUGAUCCAUCGUCUGGAGAAGAAAGACUUUAA